CAGAGACCCCAAGUAGUUUCCCGGCACCGUAGAAGAGUCACUCCGAGUAGUGUUUGGUGCAAUCGUUGAGCCUCGCAAGGACGAAACUAUUUUGCUGAAUGAAGGAGAUAAACAACAAAGGAUCCAACACAGGCAUUACAUUGCGCAUGUGCCAGAAUAUCAAACCUCAUUCCUCCCAGUUCCCCGGCAGCCGUGGAAGCGAGGGUUGCUUUGAUCAGUGUUUGGUGCAAUUGGUGAGCCUCGUAAGGACGAAAAUUUUUUGCAAUAAGAAGCAUGGGCAGCAUUGCCAAAAGACCAUAGAAGCAGUCUCUAUCACCUCAGUCAUCCCAAAUCACUGGUCCAUCAGAUGCUGCCACAGCCGUCAUCCAGGUGCACACCCAUCCUCUAGCUACAGGCUGAACCAGUCCACCAGGCUGAACCAGUCCACACCACAAGGCCGUUUGAGCAAUCAGGACUGCCUCCACCAUCAUUGUUGAUGUUGCUUCUCAUCCUGAAAGUAUGCCAAAGAUUAUAGCAAUUUUUAAGCAGUGAUUCUAAAAACCCAAGAAUUUUAAUUAUCAAAAUUUAAUUAAUACACUGACCUUGCUAGUAGUAGUACACUAUCAGUAACCUUUUGACGAGUUACCAAUUAAAACUUUAGGUAUUACUGUACCUAAUUUUCCCAAUUUUCUCCUUCCAUUUAGCUAUACUUGAAUUGGCUAUAUUACACAGGCAGGUUUUUGGGGCAGCACAGCAAGUUCCCAAAGCAUAAUUUUGACCAGCAGCUCAUCCAAAUAAUUAAUAAACACACUGUACGGGAUAUACUCAGCCAAUUAAAUCAUCAGGUUUGUGUUAGAGGUAUGGUAAAGGCACAGUUCUUCUUGGUGCUGAUCAAGAAAAACACAAGUUAUUUCUUUGAAAUAAUAACAAUAAAACAAA